GAACUGGAAUUUCCCUUUUGAUCUUAAACUAUCAUUAAUUUUUAAUCUUCCCGUGGGAAGUAAAAUCUAGUUCUUUAUAUAACUAGUCAGUGUCGUUUGGCGUAAUGUCGCAGUACAAGAAUCAGAGCCCCACUUUGUUCUCAGCGCUAUUCUAUCGGCUUCGAAGUUUAUGUUAAACACUUGUUCGUUACUCGCUUUUUGUCCGUAUGCUGGCUCUCUUACUCUUCCACGGAGCCACUCUUAGGCAGGGGUCGCUCUUGCCUAUAAUCCAAACUCGAAUAUGUAGCAGCGUAAUCUCUGGAGACUCAACGUUAUCCUCCAAUGUUGCGCGCCAAUUCCUACUUCCACCUUUGAAGUUUAUUUCGACUUGGGAUGUAUAUCGUUGUAACGUCAAGAUUGGUGUUCUAGCGCGAGAAGGAAACCUCGGUGCUGCCCAGAACUUGUUCGAUGAAAUGCCCACAAAGGACGUGGUUACUUGGAAUUCUAUGGUGACUGGGUAUUGGCAAAAUGGUUUUUUGGAAGAAUCGAGAAGGCUGUUUGAAUUGAUGCCGGUGAAGAAUGUGGUGUCUUGGAAUUCCAUGAUAGCUGGGUGUGUGGAGAACGAUAUGGUAGACGAUGCUUACAACUAUUUUCUGACAAUGACAGAGAAGAACACCGCGUCAUACAACGCAAUGAUCUCGGGUUUUCUGAAAUUUGACCGGAUUCAUGAAGCACAGAAACUUUUUGAAGAGAUGCCUUCUCGGAAUGUCAUCUCUUACACUGCAAUGAUCGAUGGGUAUUGCAGGAUAGGCGAGAUCGGGCGUGCAAGGACACUGUUUGAUGUCAUGCCUCGUAAAAACGCCAUCUCCUGGACGGUGAUGAUUGGUGGGCUCGUGGAGAAUGAGGUUUAUGAUGAAGCAAGGAAACUGUUUGAACGAAUGCCGCAGAAGAAUACUGUUGCGAGGACAGCUAUGAUAACGGGUUACUGUAAGGAGGGGAAGAUGGAAGACGCUAGACUCUUGUUUGAAGAAAUCGGAUCCAGAGAUCGCAUUUGUUGGAAUGCAAUGAUAACUGGUUAUGCGCAAAAUGGGAUGGGGGAGGAGGCAAUGAAUUUAUUUUCACAAAUGGUCAAGACUGGGAUGCAACCAGAUGACUUGACUUUUGUUUCAGUUUUUACUGCCUGUUCCAAUCUUGCAUCACUUGAAGAAGGAAGACAGGCUUAUGCUCUAGUGAUUAAGCAUGGUUUUGAGUCAGAUUUGUCAGUAUGUAGUGCCUUGAUUACUAUGCACAGCAAAUGUGGCGGAAUUAUUGAGUCCGAGUUAGCUUUUCAGCAAAUUUAUCAUCCAGACCUUGUUUCAUGGAACACCAUCAUUGCUGCAUUUGCACAGCAUGGUCUGUAUGACAAAGCUCUCUCCUACUUCGAUCAUAUGGUUUCAGUUGGUAUUGAACCUAGCGGGAUAACUUUCUUGAGUUUGCUGUCUGCAUGUUGUCAUGCAGGGAAGGUUGAAGAGAGUAUGAAUCUGCUUAAUUUGAUGAUCCAUAAAUACAAUGUUCCCCCACGGUCUGAACAUUAUGCUUGUUUAGUUGACAUAAUGGGUCGAGCAGGUCAGUUGCAGAGGGCCUUCAAAAUAAUCCAAGAUAUGCCAUUUGAAGCACACUCCGCUAUCUGGGGUUCUCUUCUUGCUGCCUGUAGUGUUCAUGUUAAUGUGGAAUUGGGGGAACUGGCUGCUAAAAGAAUUCUGCAUUUGGAUCCUUAUAGUUCAGGUGCUUAUGUUAUGUUGUCUAAUAUAUAUGCAGCUGCUGGCAAGUGGAAGGAUGUCAAUAGGAUCAGGAUUUUAAUGAAAGAUCGAGGAGUUAUAAAACAAAGAGCAUGUAGUUGGCUGCAGAUUGGAAACAAAACCCAUUGUUUCCUUGGAGGGGAUGCAUCUCAUCCAAAUAUUAGCGAUAUUCAUGUUGCACUAAGGAGGAUUACCUUACAUAUGAGGAUGCGCAAUGACAAUAAAAUAUGUUUCUUGUAAGAAGACGUAAUUUUAAUAAAAACUACAAAUUUUACAGGGGAAACACUGUAUUAUUGUUUUGGAGGCUCAUAGGGGACAUGUUAGGUGAGAAAUGUAGCACCUCGAAGCUCUCUUGGAAUUGGCCAGGAGCUCAAAGAGUCACUAUUCAUUUGGAUAGUUCUGAGGAAGAAGAAGCUCCUCACAAACCUUGAGCGACACAAAAAGCUUGUUUACUGUGAAGAAGAUCUUGAAGACAUGAAUCAUGUACCACAAACUUGUAUGCAUACAACAAAAGAUGUAUGGACCAUGCUGGUCCCAAAUGAUAAGCUUCUAUCCUUUAUGAAUGGGAAUUUUGGUGGUUGGCUCAAGGAAAAUCUGAAUAAUGAUGGCCAGAGAGGUGGGAGUAUGUGGAGAUGGGUUAUCGCUUUUGGCUUAACCAUAUGGAAAUUAUGGGAUUCUAGAAAUAGGAGAGUUGUCGCUUUUGAGAACUUGAAUGCAGAAGACAUAGGCUCUGUUUGGAUAUGCAUUUGGAUCCUAAGAAUCACAUUUAUUUGGCCAAACAUGAUUUUGAAAUGUGAUUUGGUCCGUUUGGUUAAUUUCUGAAGCAGCCCAUCAAGUUAUGAUUCUAACCUUCGACCAUGCGUUUGAGAGAAGUGAAAAAUAGUUGCUUCUGCGUUUAGGAGAUCUUGCAUUGAAUCAUCAAAACUUUUUCCGUUUAACCCCCUUCUCUUCUGUGUUUGCUGCUCCACAUUUCUUUCCUGUAAUCUUUGAACCAAAAAAUUGCUUGAUUUUGUUAUCAAUACGCAAAGAGAUGAAUGAAAGAGCUAUGUUGAAUGGGGGAAUCCGCAAAGAGCUGCCAAGGCUCGGUAGAUGGAGAAUCAUUAAAAGACUUGGGGGAAGACAAGAUGGAGCUGAGCAAGGUGAUGAUUCCUUGAAACCCAAUCCAAUUUUCUCCAACAUGCCAGUAGAAGCUGUAAGUUUCUUCCUAAUAAAAUUUUGUCGUUGAUAAAGCCUUCUUAUGUUCUGGGACUAACAAUUUGAUGUUAGAACAUCAAGGUUGAUUGCAUUAUAUGCUGUGCAGGCUUGUGAAACAACAAAACUGGGUAGAAGCUAGUGGUGUUCUUCGUGUGUAUCUGGAGGCAAUUAUUUAAAAAAUAAAUCUCCUUUCAAGACUCAAUUCAAGUUAUCAGAUUUACUAGAGCUUCUCAAACAUGUAGAAAGUAGUCAUAUUAAUCCAGCAAGAAUCAAGAACCCCCAUGAUGUUUGGAUGAGGAAGAGUGAUCAAUGAAGGAUAGGCGGUCAGGGAACAGACAUGCAGUUUAUUUGGAGUUCACAUUGCUUUUUAUGCAAGGCAAAAUUGAGGAAUUAUAUCAAGCUGUUCUAUGAUGUUUUUUCUCCUUUUGGUUGUUAAUGCUUAAUCCUUGCUUGAUGAUUGUGUAUCUGAAAUCAGUGGUUGAUGAUUGCAAAUCAUUCUAAUGUUAUCAUCUGCAUUAUUGGGAAUAUGCUUUCUAGGACUUCCUAGAUUGUUCUAAUCCCCGGGAAAAUAUAAUAGUUUCAUUUUCAA